AUGACGGGGGGUCAUGAUGAUGGGAUUGUCUUCGAAUCUGGCCUCCUUUACCGCCUGCUUCAUCACCGAUCUCAUGGCAUCCUGGGUAAAUUAAAGCACAUGAGAGACUCGUCAGUGUGUGUUCAGAUGAGGCAGCGUGUGUUCACCGGGUUGGUCACACAGAUGCAGGAGCAUCAUGGGAUUGUGGAUCAAGAGGUUCAUUUUCCAGUGAGUGUUGUAGUGGGUCGUGUGCCUCUGGUGGGAGAGAAAGUGUUGGUGAAAGCGGUUCAGGACCCCCUGAAGACCAUCAGCUGGACGGCACAGAAAGUUCAGACGCUGAAUGGACAGCCCUUCAAAUCUCCUCCUCCGCUGCUGCGCUCCAUGUCAUCCAAUCCCAAGCCUGGCAUUUUAGGGACCAAACCCCAACCUCUGCUGAAAUCUCCCAAAAUACCACCACUGAUUCCCAGCAUGCAGCCAAAUCCCGGUACACGAUGCAGAAUGUCCUAUCACCAGCAGAUGUCCUGGAGCGGUGCGUUUGAUGGAUGGGGUGGAGGACUGAAGAGACACGCUGAGGUCAUGCGAGGACGUAGAGGUGGACCCUGGGAGGACGGCGGCCUCCCUGACAUUAUUACAAUAUACUGCCCACCUCUUUUGACAUUAAGGGUUCUGCUGUUUUCGAUGCCGUGUCUUGAGGACUUGUACUCACAGUGUUGUGACCUCUCAAAGGAGGCCGUGCAUCCCACUGCACUUCUCAAAUUCGUGAUGGUGGACAGUGGAGGUGAACUGCGGCUUCCAGGAGGUCACUGGUCACCCAAAGCCGACGGACAGGACAGUUCGACGCUGGUCAACACUGCAGUCCGCUGCGUGAAGGAACAGAGCGCUCUGGACCUCUCAGCCUGCUCACAGUGGCACAAGAUAGCGGAGCUGAGAUAUAUUUCCGGAGAUAAAAUCGAGACAGUUGUGGUGUUGUUGCCAGAUGUGUGGAAUCUAGUGGGAGCAGACGAAGACUGGACAAAAUUAGCACAAAAACAGCUGGAUGGUGAUUUGUCACUUCCAGAAGGUCUGUCUGUGGUUGUACACCCCUCCGCUGGACUCAAUCUGUCUGUCGUGUCUCUGUCCUCACUGCUGGAGCACCAGACGCCUCAGACGCGGGACAGCUGUGAGGUGAGUUUGAUGGCAGAGGUGUUCAGUGAGAUGCUUCAGAGGGAUUUUGGGCUUGAGUUGUAUCAGUGUCUGUGUCGUCUGCCGCAGGACCCCAGCGUCAAAGAGGACCGCAGCGCUCUCAUGGAAGAUGAGCCCGAAAAGACAGACAAACAGACAGGAAAAAAGAUAGGCUUGAUCGAUGCAAAGAAGAGAAAACUCAAAGAGAAGGAUGGGGAGAGAGAGACAGAAGAUGAAAGGGAACCUCUAAAAGAGAGUAAGAGUCAAAGUGCAGGAGGAGACAAAGACAGCGAACGUCCUCUGGGCUGGACCGCUCAACUUCCCCGUAAAGUGCUUCUCUCCUGGGUGUUCUUUGACCGUCAGCUGACAGGAAGUCUUCGAGAGGCAGACCUGCUCAACAUCCUGUUGUCUCUCGGCCUGUUUCUCAGUCCUGCUCAGGCGCAGGAUCUGGCUGCGGUCGGUGGGAUUUGCCUCUACAGAAAUCUGUGCAGUCACUGGUCAGACGCUGAUCAGACAGACGACAGCGCCAGUGCUGAGGGAAAUAAAGACAUGUUGCCCGGCCAGGCUUGUAAAGAGAGAUCGUCCACCUGUCACACCGGUAACACAGAUCUGGUGAACUACAGAGGGAAUCUUAUUAACUUACCAAACCUACUGCAGAUGCUGGAGAGCACCAAAGCAGCCCAACUUGAACUAGAGAAGUGUGUCACUACUCUGCAGUCCGGACUCGAGGCAGCAGAAACAAGGCACGCAUCUAAUGAACAGGAACAGGACAAUCAGAAAGAGCUGAAGAGGAAACUGGAGAAAACCGAGACGCUCAACAAAACAUACGAGAAGAGUUUGAGAGAAAACAGCAGUCAGAUGAUAAAGAUCAUUGAGAAGAUGCAGAGGAUGCUUGAACAGACAACAGCCCUCACGAAUGCAAAUGCAGGAAAGGAUGAGAAGGCGUAGAGACUCAAAAGCUCAUCGGAUGGUGAUGCAAUAGCGUUUGGACCAGCGAGAAUAAACAAAAAAAAAAGCCUGCAAAAUAAUUACAAACUUCCUUUUUUAGCUUUUAAAAAAACUGUCGUUUUUUUUUCUGCCUAAAAAUGAUGCACAUAGAGACAAGAAUUGCAUUCAUGGACGUUUGUAAAUGUUUUUAUUAAUAAAAAUGUUUUGCUGGCUCAUUUUAGAAUGUAUAUGCAUUCAUAUGAAACUAUGUAAUGUGCUUAAUAUGGAAAGGAAACAUAGUGCUUUAUUUAUUUAGUGUUAUUUAAUUUUAUUUGGUUAUUAAAUUCUGGCAGCUAUGAAAGUAUGAUCCUUCCACACAACUGACAAUCUCAUAAACAGAGAUGCAGAUAUGCAAACCUGUUUCUAGCCCUGUAUACUGAAACUGUAAUUAUUUUUAACGUGUGAAUAAGAAACUGUGUUUUAAAUGACACACGCAUGUCUAGUCAGGUUUUAAAGUUUGAGAACAAGCAUGGAACCUUUUAUUUUUUUACUUUUGUUUCAGAUUGAACUUUAUUGUAAUUUAGUUUUAUUGUAUACUGAAGCAUUUCCUUACUGUUAGAAACCACCCACUGCCAUAAAUAUUCUUAAUGUUGGUAUAAGGAU